GAGGUUGAGGUUAUGUUAUGUUGUUAUGUUAUUUUGUUGUCAAGUGAGUGAAGGAAAAGUAACUUGGUGAAAAGUAGUUAAUGGUGAACUGUGAAGCUCGUUAUUUUAAUUACCUACAUUUUAAUUCCAACAACGUCCAGCCAUGAGAAAUUUAAAGCUUUAUUUGAAUUCAAAGUACUCUUUGCAAAACAAUUGUCAGCAUUUGGCAAUUUCCUAUUUUAAUUAUAAUAAGAACAUAUUCCAUAGAGAAGGAGAUAACUUUGUGUAUAAGGAAGGUAGUAUAUUUACUGUAAACCCCAGAGAUGGUGCCUGCAAAGUACUGCUGUCUAGUGACCAGUUGGAGAUAGAAAACACUAAAGCUGUUGCAUUGUUUUACAAUCCUGUGUUAAACACUCUAAAUAUAGCCCUUGAAGUUGGAGAUGUACUAUCUCUUUCUCUUGAUCAAGAAUCAAAUCAGUCCAACAACACCGAAGUAGUUGUAAGUAUUGCAACGGGCUUACAAUCUGCGGCUCUCAGUCCAGAUGCUGAAACCGCUGUUUUCAUAACUGGCGAUAAUUGUAUCAUGGUCAUGAGCGGAAACUUUGAUCCUAUAGGGGAAACCAAUCUGUUUGGUUCUGAUCAAGGUGAGCAGACAAUGGUCAAUGUUGGAUGGGGAAAGAAAGAGACUCAGUUUCAUGGAUCAGAAGGUAAAUCUGCUGCUAAAAAAGCAACUGUCGAAGGACAAUAUCAAGAUUCAAAUGCAGAUGAACCGAACAAAGCUCCAACCAUUACUUGGCGUGGUGAUAGUUCGCGAUUCGCAGUUAACUACUGGUGUCCGGAAAAAAAGCAUCGAAAAAUUAAAAUAUUUGAUAAAUGUGGGAGCCUGCAGUGUACAAGUGAAUUUAUUCCAGGUUUGGGAGGGGUUAUUGCUUGGAGGCCAUCUGGAAAUUUGAUUGCUCUUACACAGAAUCUUCCAAACAAACAGGUUGUUUGUUUCAUGGAGAAAAAUGGGCUCCGUCAUGGAGAGUUCACUUUACCACCAAAUCUCAAGGUUUUCAAUCUAUCAUGGAACAACGAAUCAACCAUUUUGAGCGCAGUUUGCACAGACGAGUUACUGGACAAACCCUGUGUAUUGUUUUGGACAAUGGGUAACUACCAUUGGUAUCUGAAGCAGAAACUUGUAUUUCAGUCCUCUGUGGUUUCUCUGCAGUGGGAUGAUGUAAUUGGCAACCUCGCUCAUAUUCUAUUGGCCGAUGGAACUUUCUAUAUCUACCAGUGGGUUUGGAGUGUAGAUCACAGCGCUGGAAUCGCAACUGUUGAUUUGGCUGCUGUUGCUGUCAUAGAUGGAUGUGAUAUAAAAUUAUCAGCGUUCAAGAAGUGUGUUAUUCCUCCGCCAAUGUGCAGUGGAACCGUCACCCUGCCUUGUUCGGCUCUAGAGGUCGCCUUCGCCCCACACUGUGGUAUCAAUACUGAAGGUGAUUCAAAAUUGAGUCCCAAUGACUUGAUUGUUUAUCUAAGUGACGGCCGCCUGGGAAUAAUCAAUGGAUUGGAGACAACACUUCGCUUACAAAGUGUGAUACCUGUGGUGUGGGGCAGUGAGGUAACAGUAGAGGCUAACAGUGUCUCCCAUUGGACUUGGAUCUCUCAUGAUAAGCUGGUCUGUACGGCUCACUGUGACAAUACAGGCACUUACCUAUGUCUUGUGCAGUUGAGUGAAGAAGCAGCUACUGUCAUUUCUAAGGUUGCUGUGGACGAGCCCGUCGUCACGGUGUCCCAGAUCAGCGGAACUACGUCUGCGCUCGUACAGCUUUGUACUGGAGACCUGUUAACAAUAGAGCCAGACGGCAACAUGACACCACAUUCAACUUUGCCUGAUCCUUGCGUCUCUGUUAGAUGUAUCGGUACUCACAUAUUUGCUCGUGAUCAGAACAAUCAGAUGUUUGUCGAUGGUGAAUGUGUUGCGACCAACGUAACCUCGUACUACUGUCUCCUGCAGUUCCUAGUGAUGACCUUGAGCAGUCAUCAGCUGUGCAUAACCAACAUCAACUCAGGAUUUAAGAUGCUAGAUGGCAGUGACACAUGUCGUCGGGUAGAACGAGGGGCUCGUCUGGUGGUGUGUGUCAGUCACUCCGUAGUGCUGCAGAUGCCUCGAGGUAACUUGGAGACUAUUGAGCCUCGUGCUCUUACACUGGUCACAGCGGCGGCACUCCUAGACUCUGGAGACUAUGCGGCAGUUGCCAAGUUGUUACGCAGGCAGAGGAUCAACUUAAACCUGUGUGUGGAUCACAACCCGUCGUUGUUCCUGUUGUCAGUGCCGAGGUUCGUGGCUCAGAUACAGGAUCCACAGUGGCUCAGUGUGUUUGUGGCUGAGCUCAGUGAUCAGGACAUCACUCACACCAUGUACAAGGACUUCUACACCAACCAGACAGGGAGAGGGCCUCCAAUGGCAGACAAGGUGACACGGGUUUGUUCUGCUCUUAGAGAAGCCAUGAGCCAGACUGACAAAGAUCGUGAAAGGUAUGAACAGCCAAUCUUGUCCUCACUAGUGCGUGAAGGUUGUUUGGCCGAGGCGAUCGCAGCUGCAGACUCCGACCAGGCACUUAACUAUCUUGCGCUGCUCGUAGAUACUGACAGACUCUAUGACGCAGCCCUAGGCGCUUACAAUCUGGAUAAGGCACUAAAGAUUGCAGGAAAGACACUGAAAGAUCCAAAGGAGUAUGUUCCUUACCUGAAUGAGCUGCGCUCAAUGGAUCCACCUUUUAUGAGGUUUACAAUUGAUAAGCGUUUGCGCAAAACUAAGUCUGCUCUGCGCAACCUUGCACAGUGCGCAGACAAAGGAGAAGAGUGUCUACAGUAUGUGCAAGAAACAGGUCUCUACAACCUGGGCUUGCAACUGUUCAAAAACCAAACUCAAAUGUAUGAAAAGAUAUGUUUGCUGUAUGGAGAGUGGUUGCUGAAGCACUGCAGUAAGACACAGGCAGGGCUGAUGCUGAGUAGAGGUGGAGACAUCGCUGGGGCGUUGGCUGUCUACUCUAAAGGCGGCUACUGGAGACAGUGUCUCACCCUGGCUACCAGACACGGAUAUAGUGAUGUACAUUUGACAGAGAUGAGUGAGUCAAUGUACUCAGCACUAGUCAGCAGUGAACAGCAUGCUGAGGCAGCACUGUUGUGUGAACAUCAGCAAUGGUGGGACAAGGCUAUCAUCAGCUUUACCAAUGCUAGAUGUUGGUCUCAAGCAGUUUACCUGUGUUACACACGUCAACAGGAUUCUCUCCUCGACUCAGUUGUGAGGCCAGCUCUGCUGGACAGUCAGGCUCGCACUGUGGCAGACUUGCGCUCCAAGUGUGACGAACUUGAGAAACACUCCGCUAGACUGGCCGUGGUCAGGGAGAAGAAGGCCAACACGGAUAGAGACUUUGAUGCAAUGAGUGAUAUCCAGUCAGACACAAGCAGCCUUUCAUCAUUUACCACAUCAUCUGCUGGGACAAAAUCCACCAAGAACACACGCAAAGCUCAGAGGAAGUUGUGGAGUCUCAAGGAAGGCAACCCCAGAGAAGAACAGGCUUUGUUGUACACAAUCACAGAGCUGAUACAGAACACAGAGAAGCUUACAGGGGACGUCCAUCCUCUUUGUUCCACCCUUGCCGAGUUGUCAAUGGACGAAGAAGCUAUAAAGCUGCAAUCAGCGAUGGAGUCUGCUCUAGACAGAGUCGACAAAGUCAAGCACAGCAUCUGGCCUGCCUGUGCCGUCAAGAAAACCGGCAGUGACGCAGAUGCUAUUGACCCAACAGCCAUUGAUACACAACUGAGCUUUCCACCUAAAAGUAGCACUUCUGGUUCAUGGAAGCUCAAGAUCUUAUCAGAUUAAUAAAAAUGCUUGGAUAAGGUUAUCUUAAGUUUUUAUACAUUUGAUUGUACAUACUCGUAACAGAAUAAAUGUUAUUUUGGUUCUUACA